GCAAAAAUCAUGGCGUCCGCCAGUACGGGGAGCAGGGUGUCCUGCGGGAGAGAUUUGAAUUGUGUGCCGGAGAUAGCGGACACGUUGGCCGCGGUGGCCAAACUUGGGUUUGACUUCCUGUGUAUGCCCCUGUUCCACCCGAGGUUCAGGAGGGAGUUUGAGUUGGAGCCCGCUAAAACCCGAGCCGGAGCCCAAACCCGCUCAGACCUGCUGCUCUGUGGAAGAGACUGGAAUACUCUCAUCGUUGGGAAGCUCUCUCCAUGGAUCGAUGCAGAUUCAGAAAUCGAGACAGAACGCAGAAACUCAGAGGCUGCUUUAGCACAGGAACUGAACUUCUCAGCCUACUUGGGUCUGCCUGUGUUCAUGCUCCCCCUAAAAGGCUCCCGGAAUGCCAAUCUUGCUCGACUGCUGCUAAACCACAUCCACACUGGACACCACACCUCAAAUUUCUGGAUACGUGUCCCACUGAUGGCGUCUGAGGACAUGCGGGAAGACCUGAUUGAGAACGAGACGGCCACUUGUAUUGAUGACACGAGCGUUGAUGAGAAGACCUGGAGCUGGUGGCACUCAUUUAGAACCCUUUGUGAUUACAACAAGAGGAUCUGUCUCGCUAUUGAAAUCGGAGCAGACAUGCCAUCGGACGCUGUGAUUGAUAAAUGGCUGGGGGAGCCGAUCAAAGCAGCCAUACUUCCCACCAGCAUCUUCCUAACUAAUAAGAAGGGCUUCCCUGUUUUGUCAAAAGCCCACCAGAGAAUAAUCUUCCGUCUUUUCAAGCUGGAGGCCCAGUUCAUCUUCACAGGCACCAGUCGGCACACUGAGAAGGACUUCCGAUCCUACUUGCAGUACCUGGAAUACCUCAACCAGAACCGACCCGCACCAAACGCCUACGAGCUCUUUGCCAAGGGCUACGAAGAUUACCUGCAGUCCCCUCUACAGCCCCUCAUGGACAACUUGGAGUCUCAGACAUAUGAAGUAUUUGAGAAGGAUCCUAUUAAAUAUUCACAGUACCAACAGGCUGUAUAUAAAUGUCUGCUAGACAGAGUUCCAGAGGAGCAGAAAGACACUAAUGUGCAAGUGUUGAUGGUGUUGGGAGCAGGCAGGGGUCCGCUGGUUAAUGCAUCCCUGCGUGCUGCCAGACAAGCAGACAGGAAGCUGAAGGUGUAUGCUGUGGAGAAAAAUCCCAACGCUGUAAUCACACUAGAGAACUGGCGUUUUGAGGAGUGGGGUGAUCAGGUGACGGUGGUGUCCUGUGACAUGCGUGAAUGGGCAGCGCCAGAGAAAGCAGACAUCAUUGUCAGCGAGCUGCUCGGAUCGUUCGGUGAUAAUGAACUCUCCCCAGAGUGCUUAGACGGAGCACAGCACUUCCUCAAAGAUGAUGGAGUGAGCAUCCCUUGCUCCUACACGUCCUUCCUGGCUCCUCUGUCGUCCUCCAAGCUUUACAACGAAGUGCGAGGUUGCCGGGAACGUGACAAGGACCCAGAGUGCCAUUUUGAGACUCCUUACGUAGUGCGCCUCCAUAACUUCCACCAGUUGGCUGAGCCCAAGCCGUGCUUCACCUUCACACACCCCACAACAGAUAUGAACAAUAACCGGUAUCAGUGCCUCAGAUUCUCAGUGGGUUGUAACUCAGUGCUCCAUGGGUUUGCUGGCUACUUUGAGACCACACUGUACAAAGAUGUCACACUCAGUAUAAAACCAGACACACAUUCACCUGGAAUGUUCUCCUGGUUCCCCAUCCUCUUUCCCCUCAAGCAACCCAUCUCCAUAACCCGGGAUGAUGAUGUCACAGUGCGAUUCUGGCGCUGCAACAACGGGAAGAAGGUUUGGUAUGAAUGGGCCGUGACCGAGCCCUCCUGCUCCGCCAUCCACAACCCUGCAGGUCGCUCCUACACCAUCGGCCUGUGAGGACGACACAUCAGAACACUCGCCAACAGACAUUCACUCACCCGUUUCUGUAAAACUCGCUGGAAUUAAAGUGGGGGGGGCGCUCUGACACUUUUUAUAUACUCAGUUAAAACCUGGACUUUCUGUUUGAGCCCUUUAAGUCACUGUGGUCUGGUGGUAGCCACGUUUGAGGCAGCAAGUUAACAACCUGAUAGGAUGAAUUUCUUUAAACUUGUGUUUCUGAUAAGUCUGUUUCAGCAGACAUGGACUAUCACAUGUACACAAAGUGUAUCGUUGCUGUGAGAUUGGCUCAUUCAGAUUAGGUCAAACAACUUCCCACUGGUUCGUCAUGUUUUAUUUUUUUAAAUGUUUUUGUCCCUACUGUCUUGAACAGGUGUCGCAGACAUACACACUCAAUCCAACUGGACUUUUGCCUUAUCAAAUACACAUUCCAUACCGGUACUUGCAUAGUGACGAAACACCCUUUUCCUCAACACAAGAAGAAGGUUCCACUAUUCAGGUCACACACCAUGUUGUUACGGGGGCUGUCUCUUCAUACCUUUUAUUUUGUUUCUGUAUGUUUGAACCGUGUCAAUAAAAACAACACUGUAAUACUCUCUA